AAUAAGAGAGGGACUUUGAGCAUGGUUCAGGACCACUCUUUCUUGGGACUCCGGCUUCUUUAGUCUUCUUUCUUUUUGCCCCGUGUCAACUCCUUCAUCUCCAUAAUGGCUGAUGCUGCUCCUGCUGAGGCACCCGCCGCCUCUUUCACGGCGGACCAGAUCGAGGACUUCAAAGAGGCUUUCGGGCUCUUCGACAGAGUCGGUGAUAGCAUGGUUGGAUACAACCAGGUGGCUGACAUCAUGCGCGCCCUGGGACAGAACCCCCAGAACAAGGAGGUUGCAGUGAUCCUGGGAAAACCAUCCCCCGAAGAUAUGGCCAACAAGAGGCUGGCCUUCGCCGAUUUCCUGCCCAUGCUGGAAAAAGCCGAUAAAUUGGUGAAGGGUACACUUGAUGACUACGUUGAGGGUCUCCGUGUCUUCGACAAGGAGGGCAACGGCACCGUGAUGGGGGCUGAGCUGCGCAUCGUGCUGGGGACACUGGGUGAGAAGAUGUCUGAGGCCGAGAUUGAUUCCCUCCUUAUAGGUCAGGAGGACGAGAAUGGCAGCAUCAACUAUGAGGCAUUCGUCAAGCACGUCCUGUCUGUGUAAGAUAGUGCUGCGGCAACCAAAGCCUAUCUAUCUCCCAGACCCCAUGGUGUCAGGACUGUUUUUCUAAAGACCAACCUAGGAAAGAAAAGGACUAUAAUGGGAUGUCGAAAAGCCAUUCUGUGUUUUUUUUCUUUUUGUCCGUCAACUUUUCAACUCCUCUCUACGGAAGUUACCUCUCCGCUGUCAAUGACGACCCUCUCCUCACCUCCACCUGGGGCAUGUCUCUCCACUUGGGGUGGGACGGUGACCACUCAUCAAGUGGGGAUUGUACCCUCUGCCCCGCCCACCUCAUGACGUCAUCAUCUUGCUGGCAAUGCCAAAGGCGCUGACUGGACAAGAUUGUGGAUUGGCCGCCAAACCCCUCCCCCCUUUCCCUCAAAGUUAUAUUUAUUUUCACUCUGUCGUUUCAGAAUAAACUUUUCCAAAAGUA